AGUACGACUAUUACAUUGUCUCUGCGUGUGAAUAUCUGUGUCUAUACAUAUACUACUGCACUUUAUUUACACAAACUGUGAACCCUGUCUAUUUAAAUCCCUGUCCUCUCUCUCUCUCUCUCUCUCGUCGUCAUUUUGUCUGCAAUGGCGGUGAACUCAUGCGAAGAGGACCAAGAUUCCUAUAAAAUUGCAGUGCUGCCUGAUCAAAGCACUACUAUUCGUCAAGGGGAAAGUAAAGUUUAUUUGCUAAAUGGCCUAGGGGCUCCCCAGGCCUUGGAGCGUUCUCUAUCCUCGGAUGCCGUUUUUAGUGGUCAAAAUAAAGUCAAAGGGAAUAUGGAAAAUGUAGAUGUUUAUUUUCCAUGCAUUGCAGAUGUGGAUCUUGAGAAGGGAAGAUCAGAGAAACCUAUAACCAAAAUUGAACCCAUUGGAAGUGGAAAUAUUGAAAAUCCUUCAACGAAGACAAUGCAAAGACAAAUAAGCAUACAAAUGGGAGAGAAAAUUAUGCAGAUGUUAAUGGACAAGAACCUUGUAUUACCGAAGUUUGAUUUUAGAGAUAAAACUGUCCCUGAAAGAGUUCAUGACAUGCCAAAUAACAGGCUGAGGAAAUAUAAACGGUCUACUUCGUUUAAUGCAAGAAAAGUUGUUCUCCUGUUCUCAGUACUAUCGAGUUUGGGAACAAUGAUUCUGAUAUUUUUAACCUUGAGGGUUAGGCACUUGGCCGAUGGAUCACUUCAUGGAUGAGCAGACUUUCCUUCCUAGAGUCAUGUAGCUUCUUCCCUUUUCUGGGUUGUGUUAUCCUGGCAUCUUUUCUACUUUUGUAUAUAUAGUUGAAAAUACAUUCUUCACUAGUUUUAUAUAAUCCCCAUUCCAAAAUA